AAAAAAAGAAAAAAAAGUGAAAAAUAUAAUCUUGGAUCCAUAGUCACGGGCUUCUCUCCCGCCCGUCUCUUUUCCAUCUGUGUUUUCCCGAGAAAAAGAAAGGGAAAACAGAGAAAGGAAAACAGCUUUUUCUUCAUAUCGUAAUCGAAUCCUUCCCUUAAUGAUUUUCUUCGAAAUGUAAAAAGAGAGAAAAAUCGUCGGUAAGAGAAAGUAAAUAUGAUCACCUCCCUUGAGCGUCUCCUGAAGCUUAAAAUCAGUUAAAUAUUUUUACUUCUUAUAUACUCAGCUUAGAGUAGAAGCGUCACUUCACUCAAAAACUUAUACAAAAUUUCUUCCUCUGAAAAUUUUCUUCGGAAACAAACAAAGCCAUAGUGUUAGUAUUCUUUCUGAAAAAUUUGGGAAUGACAAUGUCGACAAUUCAGGUUCUUCAUAGCUUGAGGUGUCCUAUAGCUUGUUUCGCAGCUCCUAUAGCUUCGUCCUCGUCAAAUACACGGACACUUUUGAAUUCUCCGAGUUUACGUUUUGGGUUUUGGGGGUCGGUGGGGCGAAACUCUUGGCGCUCGAGAGGCGCGUUUGGGUUGGCUAGUGCUCGGUUUCGGACUCUGGCAAUGGUGAGCUAUGGAGGAGAGAGAACUGUGGGUCAUUUCACCGUUAAUGAUUCUGCGGACGCCAUGGAUGAUAGCCAGGUUGCAGAUACACCUCCAAAAUUGCCAGAGCGUGAUUUUUCAGGCACUCCUUAUGUUCCUGUCUACGUGAUGCUACCGCUUGGUAUUAUCAAUAUGAACUGCGAGUUGGUUAAUCCAGAAGACAUUGUGAAUCAGCUUAGGAUAUUGAAGUCAGUAAAUGUUGAUGGUGUUAUGGUUGACUGCUGGUGGGGAAUUGUGGAGGCAAACGCUCCACAGGUAUAUAACUGGAGUGGUUACAGAAGGCUUUUUCAGAUUGUUCGUGAUCUUAAUCUCAAGUUACAGGUUGUAAUGUCAUUUCAUGAAUGUGGAGGCAAUAUUGGAGAUGAUGUACAUAUUCCACUCCCUGGUUGGGUCACAGAAAUUGGCCAAAGCAAUCCUGACAUAUAUUUCACUGAUAGAGAAGGAAGACGCAAUUCUGAAUGUCUUUCAUGGGGCAUUGAUAAAGAACGAGUUUUAAAAGGGCGAACUGCUGUUGAGGUAUAUUUUGACUACAUGAGAAGCUUCCGUGUAGAAUUUGAUGAGUUUUUUGAGGAAGGAAUCAUUUCUGAGAUUGAAAUUGGACUUGGUCCGUGUGGGGAGUUACGAUAUCCAUCUUAUCCUGCUAAGCAUGGUUGGAGAUAUCCUGGUAUUGGUGAAUUUCAGUGUUAUGAUAGGUACUUGAUGAAGAGUUUGAGGAAAGCAGCAGAAGUGAGGGGACACUCAAAUUGGGCGAAAGGACCAGAUAAUGCAGGUUCUUAUAAUUCACCACCACAUGACUCUGGAUUUUUCCGUGAUGGAGGUGAAUAUGAUAGCUACUAUGGCAGAUUCUUCCUUAACUGGUACUCUCAGACAUUGGUUGAUCAUGGAGAUCGUGUUCUUGCAUUAGCCAAUUUAGCUUUUGAAGGAAAUUGUAUUGCUGCAAAGCUUUCUGGUAUACAUUGGUGGUACAAGACUGCCAGCCAUGCUGCUGAGCUGACUGCUGGAUUUUACAACCCUGCAAAUCGUGAUGGUUAUGCCCCAGUUGCAGCCAUGCUACGAAAACACGAAACUGCUCUAAACUUCACAUGUGUUGAAUUGCGCACAUUGGACCAACACGAGGACCAUCCAGAGGCACUAGCAGACCCAGAGGGAUUAGUUUGGCAGGUCCUAAAUUCUGCAUGGGAUGUUAAUAUUCCAGUUGCAAGUGAGAAUGCCCUUCCUUGUCAUGAUAGAGACGGCUAUAACAAGAUAUUGGAAAAUGCCAAGCCUCUGAAUGAUCCAGACGGGAGGCAUUUAUCUGCCUUUACCUACCUCAGGCUCAGUCCAGUUCUUAUGGAGACACACAACUUCAUGGAGUUUGAAAGAUUUGUGAAGAGAAUGCAUGGGGAAGCAGUUUCUGAUGCUUAAGCAAUAUGAACAAGAAACAAAGCAAAUUGUAGCUUGAGAAAGAUUUUCUUUCGAGUUUAUAUUUGUGUAUACACGAAAUUGAUCAACGUUCUUUGUUGUAUAAGAUGAAGAAUCUAAUAUGGUUACAAAAUGCCAUGUUUUAAGGGAUGUUUUAGCUGUAAUGAGCUGACUGUCCUUGUUGACUGUACUAAUGGGAAACAAGGUUGUGCUUCACUUUUUGGUUA